CUUGUAUUCAAGCUUUUCCGGUACAAUUUUAACCGGUAAUGGGAACUUGUCGUUUCUUCCAAAUCCUCCUGUCGUCUCAAAUGCUAGCGAUUCCUUUUCCGUAGACUGUAGCUGUAUCUCUACUAAAUCUAUUUACUAGCACUAGCACUAGCUCUAGCACUAGCACAACACUAGCUCUCUCAUCAUGACCAACUGCUUUCUGUACAUUUGCUUAAUUAUGGAUUGAUUUCGUUAGGUUCUUCAUAAGACAAAAAAAGAGAAAAAAAAUUCAACAACUAGAUUCUUACAGUCUCUGUGUCUUGGUCACUCUCGUUACAUAAAUUUAAUUACGUUCGAGGCCCCGCACGUAGAUAGCUGUCUGUCGUACUUCUCUAAUUUCUCUUUCUUCUACCAACUACCAAACAUAACCUAUUCAUAUUGCAAAUGGGUCUUAUGCGAGGUAAAAGCUGGCUGUUAUGGCUGCUUUCUUUCUCUUAUUUCUUACAAAUAUACAGUUAUUCAUCCAAUCCUUAUAUAAUUGACGAUGAAGCGUUCCAAGUGACUUUAAGUUGUAAAAACGUAAAAGCGAAAAGAGACUCGCUGCAUGUCAAUAUUUUUAGCUGGUGUAAAUAUGGUGGACCAACGGCGGUGACCCAUUUUAAUGCAAAGGAUUGGGAAUGUGCUUUGGGUUCCUUAAUCGAGAGGGAACCUCUUUCUGCUUUUUUUUCACAGCUCCAGGUAAAUCAACUUAAAACUUCUAUUCAUAUUCCUCCGGAGAAACGAGAAGUGUGGACAGGUCCACUUGAGUGCAACAAAACUUCGGUGAUGAACGGUAUAAUUUCGUUAAAUAAUUCUAUAUAUAAAGAUUUUAAGAUAAAUGAGUCUGGUGUUUAUUGUAUUGCUACAAGGCCAUUGACAAGCUUGGGUUCGCGUGCUCUUACUAAUCAUGAUUAUUAUUAUUAUUUCACUGGAGAUCCCGGGUAUGAACCGCAUCCAGACUAUUUUCCAAUAAUUGUUACAUUAAUUACAGUUUUCUUAUUAACUCCAGCUUGUUUUUGGAUCUACGCACUGCUGUCCCAACCAGCAAAAGUACUGCCUAUUCAAUAUGGGUUAUUAAUCCAUGUUGUAAACAUAGCGAUUGGUAUCACUAUAAAUAUAUGUGAUGAUGAGAUCUAUCUUUAUUUUAAAUACCCUGUUGAAGUUUUUGUUCGUCGUUUACUCCUUUUCCUUGCCUCUUUUGGUAUCGGAGUCUGGCGGCCUGUUGAGCCUAAACUCGUUUUAAGGGUUGUCGCUGGGUUGUCUUUUUUACUUUUCUUUCAAAUUGUUUCUACAUUGAUUGAUUUUGAGCCUAUCUAUUUAAUUGAUGAAUGGUUAAAUAACUUCGCUACCAACAUUAUUUGGUUGUCUUCAAUUUAUAUGCUUUUUAAAGAACGAGAUCAUUUCAACUCUAAAUCUGAACGCUCUGCGAAGGUUUGUAAGCAUUCUCUAAUUUACUGCGUCGCUGUUUUUACUCUUUUUCCUUUAACAAGAGACGCCUUUGAGGCAAUCUCGUUUGAGGCAGACGAUAUUAUAUAUUGGGUUAUUCGUUAUUUUAUUGAAAUCGUUAUUCCUUGCUAUAUAUGGUAUCCCUCCCAAAAUGAGCAGAUUGCUUACAAAGAAAGUGUGGAACUUUAAAGACCAAAUCAGCUAUCUUUUGCUAAUUUCAUGCAUACUUAAUAAUACGUCUACGGGAAAGCUUCCAUAAUUGCUAAUUAUAAUAUGCAUUCGUUUUUUAUUUCUUUUAUUUCACGAAUGAUCUCAUAUUUCAUAUAAUUUAAUAUUAUUAUAUUCAUUUGUUUGAUUUCUG